AUGGCUGGCACUGAAAAUGAUCCAAAUAAGCGGGCCAAGAGUUGCGAAAAUACAAAAAUCAUUGAAGUUGAAAAUGAAAAUGGUGUUGGUGGAAAUAAAAUUGAUGAUUUUAGGGCGUAUAUUUUGAAAUUGCCAUGCCAUAUAAUGGUUGAGAUUUUCCUGAAAUUACCAGUGAAAUCCCUAGUACAAUGUCGCUGUGCGUGUAAGGUUUGGUGGUCAUUGUUCUCUGAUCCUCAUUUCACCAAGUUGCAUUUUUCAAGAGUGCCCACUUGCUUUUUCCUUCACUCUAAUAGGUCUUAUAAAAGGAAUUCGCAAAAUCUCUUAUUGGUUGAGCUUGAAUUACCAUGUGAUGAUGCGAUUUUGAGGAUCGGUAACUCGCCUGAUUUUCCUAAUUUUGGGAUUGAGCUUGUGGGAUCAUGUAAUGGAUUGAUGUGCAUGUAUGAUCGUCAAAACAAUGGGCCGAUAUAUGUGUCGAAUCCCUUGAUUGGGGAAUAUUUGAGUGUUCCUAAUUCUUUGAACGAUCAAACAUUUCCUUUGGUGUGUGGAUUGGGAUUUAGUCAAAAGGAUAAUCAGUAUAAGUUGAUUCAAAUUGUCCCUAAACUGAGUUUUGAUGAUGAUAAAAUGGAAGCAAAACUGUGGAUAUUGGGAUCUGAUACACAGAGGUCUAUUGGGGAUGUUCCAUUUUUAUUCUCUCCUCCAUCUUUUGGCACAUUUCUUCAUGGGAAUCUUCAUUGGGUUGUUGAUUAUUCAAGGAGCUCUAAAUUGAUCUGCUGCCUUGAUCUUGAAACCGAACAGUUCCAAGCACUUCCACCUCCCCCUACUUACAAACCUUCCACGAAUCGUUUGUUUUGCGGGAAUCCGGGGGUACUGGAAGAUUGCCUUUAUUUAACUUGUUGCUUAGACAAAUAUCCUAUCUAG